UUGGCGAUCAACAAGAAACAGAGAUCAUAUGGCUCAUAUUGCUGUGGAGAGAAACAGGAGAAGGCAGAUGAAUGAACAUCUUAGGGUUUUGAGAUCUUUGACCCCUUGCUUCUAUAUCAAAAGGGGAGAUCAAGCGUCCAUUAUAGGGGGAGUGAUUGAGUUCAUCAAGGAGUUGCACCAAGUUCUGCAGUCAUUAGAGUCGAACAAGCGGAGGAGGAAGAGCGUAAGCCCUAGCCCUGGUCCGAGUCCGAGGCGGCAAGUGGUGGUUGCCGAUCACGGGUUGUUUGGGUUCGAGAACAACGCAGGUGAGGUUGGAGCUUCUUGCAACUCAUCGGUUGCGGAUGUUGAAGCGAAGAUUUCGGGAUCAAACGUGUUGCUGAAGAUCAUUUCCCGGCGAAUUCCCGGGCAACUUUCGAAGAUGAUUAGUGUCUUGGAGGGGCUCUCCUUUGAGGUUCUUCAUCUCAACGUCAGUAGCAUGGAUGACACUGUUCUAUACUCUUUCGUUGUCAAGAUAGGGCUUGAAUGUCAGCUAAGUUUGGAGGAGCUAGCUUUUGAAGUUCAACAAAGCUUCUGCUCUCAAGUUUACUUAUGCCAGUGAGAAAUUAUAGAAUUAACGUUUGAAGAAGUUAAUUAUAUGCUUAAUUAAAUAUGGUUUUCCUUUUUAAUUAAGAGUAGAAAUAACAAAGCUUGCUCAGAUCA